AUGAAUGUGAUUGACUGGAGUAGCACCGGAAUAGUGGCUGUGGCGCUAUCUUGCACCCUGUAUCUCUGGAACGCUGAUAGCGGCGAUAUACAGGUGCUGUUUGAACUGGAUGAAAACAACGAGAUGAAUUUGAUAACAUCCGUGAAGUGGUCAGCGGAUGGCAAAUUUUUAGCCGUGGGAUUCAAGGAUGGUUCAUUGAAAUUAUAUGAUCCCGCGCGAACUGUUCCGCCUAAUGGGAAGUUGGAGUUGAGAACUAUGAAGCCGCCGCGACAGUCUCGAAACGGAGUGCUCGGAUGGCGUGGUGCUGUUGUUUCUGCUGGAUACCAAUCGGGACAAAUCAUCCACCACGACGUUAGAGUCGCAAAACACAUUACAGGAGUAUGGGAAGGCCAUGAGCGCGAAGUGGUGGGAUUGCAUUGGGCACCAAAUCAGACAAAGUUGGCUACUGGAAGCGGCGAUAACACUGUACGCGUUUGGGAUGAUAGUCGACUUGGAAGUAACACAACGGAAAGCUUGUUUGUACUGGAUGACCAUGUCGGUUCUGUUAGAGCCGUACAAUUCUGCAAUUACAAGACAAGUCUUUUGGCGACCGGAGGAGGCAUGCAGUGCAAGGCGAUCAAAUUGUGGAAUGUGAACAGUGGAGAGCUGCUAAAGAGCAUUGAUACAGGAGCUGCUGUUAAUGGUAUCAUAUUCAAUAGUGACUAUAAGGAGAUGAUGUCUGCUCACGCAUGCGGAAAACUGGUCAUUUGGAAGCAUCCAAACUAUAGUGAGAUCGCUAAACUAUCAGGCCACGCUCCUGAGCGUGCUAUCUCUAUCGUUCAGUCCCCUUGUGGUCAAUUUGUUAUGACUGCAGGCGGAGAUGAAGCUCUCCGCACUUGGCAUCCGUUUAAGGCGGAGAUGAAGCUCUCCGCACUUGGCAUCCGUUUAAGGUAUAUUAGUUUCUCCGUACUUACGGAGUAA